AUGAUAGAUUGCUUUGUGCCAGACGUUAUUCGACGCCUACUCAGUUGGCCUUCAGCAGUAACUGGCCAGAUGUCAUCUUAUCCGGAAGAAGCUGCACACCUCUUCGUGCCUAGCCCAAGUGCCCGACCUUUGCAUGUCUUGGCUGCAGCGGUUCCACCUUUGACCUACUAUGUCGCACUGUUUCUGUUACCUCCUCUCCCUUCAAAGACAUUUUCGUGCUCAGUUCGACGAGCUGCUUCGGUCGUCAGGACCAUGCUGGCUGCCAUAUCUGUCUACACAUUCGCAUCGCUUCCAUUCAAGUACUUCUACCCAGGAAGCGCAGUGCUGACCUAUCAACUGGGUCUAGUCGGCUUCUACGGAGCAUCACGUGUGCUCGACAUCUUCUUCCUCUCCUACCCACGCAUUCCCCGUCGCAUCUUCAUCGCAACAGCCGCCAAGAGCCAAGGUCGACAUUCCAACAUCAUCCAACCUUACACUGCGGCAAAAAAUGAGGAAUGGAAGACAGAGCCUCUUCCGAAAAGACUUAUCUCGUUUGAACGUGCGUGGUGGGCGCUUGACCUCAUGAUUAGUAUGCGGGGUAUUGGAUGGGACUUUGCUUCUGCAGAUGUACGUCACGACCCGCAUCCUUGGCAGCCUCCCAGUUCAGCCCAGCUUAGAAGAGCGUUCUUCAAGCUCUUGCCUGUCCUCGUCGGAUGUACUUGGAUGCUCCACCACAUGCAUCCCAUUCAGACGUCGACCUUUGACCCUUCGAUCUUGGACCUGGAUCCAGCGAGAAGGAUCAUGUUUGUCGCAGCUACCGGUAUUUCUUUAUAUACGCUCUUUGAUUUCGGCUAUACGCUGACGAGUGCAGUAGUCCUGCCCAUUCUACAUGAUGCUCCGGGCCCGGCGUCGCACCUUCAGUCCAUGCUCGGCGACAAGAUGAAAGGGAGAUCAGGUAUUCGCAUCACAAAGCUUCGAAGCACCCAGCCAGUUAGUGCUGAGUCAGAAACAGAGACCGACAACGAAGAAGAGGCAGCUGCAGUCUCCCAAUCACGGAUGCAGCAACAUGAGCAACUAAGUUUGCGAAACAUAGAUUUUUUCCCACUUCUCAAUCCUGCCGGUUUCACAAAGGCGACUACAGUACGACGUUUCUGGAGCUACGCCUGGCACCGACUGUUUGGUCGACCUUUUGGCAUCUAUGGCAUUCUUCCGUUCACCUACAUCGCCUACCUGCUGCAAGAUUUCUCGGAAGGAAAGCUAGACAAUCCCAAACGCAAGCAGUCAAGAAGAGAGAUCUGGCCAUCGUACCAUCCAGACCCCGUACGCUCCCUGGAACGUGGAAGAGCAGACUGGGCCAAAGUGCUCGGCGCAUUCACUGCCUCUGGCAUCAUCCAUGCCGUAUCUGAGCGCGCUGCAUUGGGCGGGAGAAUCGCCGUGCCCGUCACCAACAUUUGGCUCGCGAGAGAUCAUGCGAACGGAUUUGGCAGCGAACUACACAAGCCUUCGUUCGUCGAAUCAGGUGUCUUUAAGUUCAGCCCGUUGCAAUUUGUACCGCCCAUCUCAGGCGCAGGCGAGUUUAGCUUCUUCUUCCUCAACGGUGUUGCAGUUGUGGUGGAAGGUGCCGUGUCUAGAUAUGUUGAAAGGUACAGGAAACAAAAAAGCUCGACUGGAGAAUACUAUACCAUGUGGUACGAUCAGUACAUUUCAGUUGCUUGGACACUGUCGGUGCUCCUCUUCACAGGACAGGCUUUUGUUGAAGGAUGGAUCCGAAGCGGCAUUAGUAAAGAAAUUGGGCUAGUCAUGAGUAGAUUGUGA